UUUACGGAAAACAAUUUUUGCAAUGAAUUUUUCGAAGAAUUUUCAUAUAUGCAAUUAAUCUGCAAACAUGCCUGAGUCUAUUUCUGUGGCAGAUUUUAUAGACCAAACAUGGGAGGAUUACAACUCGCCCACAACCUCCACAUUCGACAAGAAAAUGACAACUUGUCGAAACACUGUAUCACAAAUUGAGGAAGAGCUUGAUACAGACAGAAGCGAGUUGACAAAGUUGAAAAAAUCUGUGCGAGCAUUGUACAAUUCUACUAGCAAAUAUGCACAAAAUGAGAUGGAUAUUGCUGACAAUUUGGACAGAAUCGGAAAAAGUGCCAGUAAUAGCCACCGUGAAAUAAAUGAUGCCUUCCAUGAGUUCGCCAAGAUUACCAAAACGCUUAGUCUGCUUAUUGAAGACAUGUCUAAAGGUCUCCACAACAGCCUACAGUAUCCGCUCGAGUCCUUCCUGAAGGGGGACAUCAAAUUAGUGAAGGGCGACCUCAAACGGCCCUUUGAUAAGUCGUGGAAGGACUAUGAGUCAAAGUUUGCUAAGCUUGAAAAAGAGGCUAAAAAGAAGGCUAACGAUAUUGGCCUUUACCGUACAGAGUUGGCGGGGAGUGAGGUAGCAGAGGAGAUGGAAAAGGAGAGGAAAUUCUUCCAGCUACAGAUGUGCAUGUACCUCAUCAAAGUGAAUGAGAUCAAGACAAAGAAGGGUGUGGAUUUGCUCAACUACUUCAUGGAAUACAACAAAGCUGUCAAACAGUUUUUUAACAAGGGCCAGGCUGAGAUAGAGAAGCAUGAAUCGUUUAUAGACAACCUUGGCCAGCAGCUCAAGGACAUCAAGCAGACACAGAGCCAGGAGAGAACCAAACUGCUCGACCUUCAAACCAAACUCAAGAACUCUAUGCAGGGAUACAAGGAGGACCCUGGAACAGAAUUUCAUGGAGUCAAGCCAAGCUCCUCAUCAUCUGCAGCGACCGGUUACCGGCUACACCAGCUGCAGGGCAACAAAAACCACGGGUCCACAAAGGAGGGUUUCCUCCUAAAGAAGAGUGAGGGCAUGUUGAAAAAGAUGUGGCAGAAGCGCAAGUGCGCCAUUAAGGACGGGAUCAUGAGGAUGCAUCAUGCUGAUGAGUCAAAGGAGCCGGUAUGUCUCAAUCUGCUCACAUGCCAGGUGAAGCUGGUCUCUGAUGACCCAGGGAAGAAAUGUUUUGACCUUGUCUCUAGUCAUGGCAACAGAACAUACCAUUUCCAAGCCGACGAUGAAAAAGAGAUGGAACAAUGGAUAUCCGUGUUAAGCAAUGCUAAGGAGGAGGUUCUACUGAAAGCCUUCCAGGACUCAGGCUCCAAUGUCACAAUGAACGAACAUGUGCGUGAACUCACACGGAACAUCAUCGAAAGGAUAGAGAAACUCCCCGGCAACAAGACUUGCUGUGACUGUGGGGCGGCUGAUCCGAAAUGGCUAUCUACAAACCUUGGAGUGUUGAUCUGCCUGGAGUGUUGUGGAAUCCACCGAAACCUGGGCGUGCACAUCUCACGAACACAGAGUCUCGAGAUAGACCAACUUGGGACUUCGCAGCUACUGCUUGCCAGAGUGAUAGGGAACGACUACUUCAAUGAAGUACUGGAGGCGAGACUCACAGGAACAAAACCAAAGGCAGACAGUCCCAUGAAUGAGAGGGAGGAGUUCAUUAAGGCCAAAUAUGUGGACCAUGAAUACACGAUCAUCACAUGCAACGACAUACGUGAGUUACAGCACGACUUCCAACAGGCGAUACAGCAGCGUGACCUCCAGUCCAUUAUCCAGGUGUAUGCCGAGGGGCUCGACCUCAUGACUGUGUUACCAGACUCACCUUUGGAAGAGACCGCCCUCCAUCUUGCCGUUGCUCAGGAGGACGGGACCUCACUACCCAUCGUCGACUUCAUCAUCCAGAAUUCCAACAUUAACAGCCUAGGCCGUCAGACCCGGGAUGGUAACACGUCUCUACACCUGUGUGCCAUACUUAACAAGACAGAAUGUAUGAAGUGUCUACUGCGGACCAAGCCAGACAUCGCGCACAUUAAGAACAAGGGCGGACAUACUGCUCUUGACAUCGCCCUGGAGAAUAACUUCCAGCUCUGUGCUGAAUUGUUGAAGGCAGCUAUGGCAGGAAAGAAGGACGUGUUUGAACACAUCAGUAUUGAGUGGGACCUCAUAACGGAUGAGGGUCCAGACUACAGUGAUGAUGAUCUAGAUAUGCCAGAUCGGCGUCCUCGGUCACGCCCAUCCAGUCUAGUUGGUGUAGAGCUGCAGGCUCGUGAAGGCUCCCCACGGGACAGGACAGAGUCGGACGUCGCUCGACAUGUACCCUCCAAACCAAGGAAACACCAUCUUACACACCCGACAAGGUUCAGAAAUAGCCUGAGGAAUAUCCCUGGCCUGAUGAACCACUCAGCCAGUCAGUCUGUACCCAACUCACCUCCAGUCACAAGCCAGGGUCAGCGGUCCCCAGAGCCCCCACUGCCUCCCCGUGGCAUCAAGAAACCCCCCGCUGCACUCUCCCUUCCCAAUUCAAGCGGAUCAGGUUCAUUACCAUUCAAAGCCUUUAAUCACGCGCGUCACACGUCCGACCCGCACCAGGAAAUCCCGUACAUGCUCCACCGCCGCACACCGUCUGAACCCCCACCAAGACCACAGACUCUAGAUACAGCCAGAUACACUGUCAACAUACCUUAUUCUGGUGUGGAGACUGCUACAGAUAAGCCCGCUAUACCUCCAAGACCUCGGGCACUUUCAGGAGGGGAUGAUUGCCGGAAGCAAUCAGCCUCAGAUGUCCCGGAAACUCCCCCACCCGUUCCUGCACCCAGGAAGCCUAAAAAGCCAGGAUACCGGCGUUGCGAGGCACUAUUUGACUGUGAUGCUGACAACGAAGAUGAACUGUCCUUCCGGGAAGGGGAGAUAGUUGUUUUACUGAGGGAAGAAGAGGAGGAGUGGUGGGAAGGGGAGAUAGAGAACCAGCCUCACAGACGCGGCCUGCUCCCUCUCAGCUUUGUAAAGGGCUUACCAGACUGACCCCAACUCCAAUGAGGCCAAACCUAGAGGUCGGAAGUCGGGUCAAAUAUAGCUGGCCAAUAAAACAGGGCUUUUUAAAUGGACUGGGAAAUGGCGUAUUUACAGAGCUCAUAAUUAAUAUGGCAUUUUGUUUUAAGAAAAAAUGUAUCUGAUUAAGAUAAAUUAGUGAAUAUUAUAUUGAGCUAUAAUUUUUGUUAUUGUUGAUGAUGAUAUUUUUAUUGUUUGAAAAAGUUUCCAUUAAGGAAUGAAUUUGUUACAUUUUCUACAGCAUGUAAAAUAUCCAGCCAAUAUUGAUUGUUUAACAGCCAUGAACAAUGUAUAAAAAUGCCUUACCAAAAUAAUGUAAUAUUUGCGAUGCUUACAUUGAGAAUAGAAUAUUUUUCCUGAUUGAUGAAUAAUUCCUACUGGUUAGGGACCACUUGUUUGCCAGUAUCGAUUAUUCACCCACCCUUUUGGCUGUUGUUUAGCAAUUCCAUUAUUAUUGUUUUCAUACAAAUGAAAGUUUGUGUUCUAUUAGCUUCAUAGUAUGGAAAUUAAAAUUGCACGAGUACGCGUUAUAUUUCUUCAGUGAUGAAUUAUUGAUUUUUUACCGCUUAACAAAAUUGAAAUCAUUUCACCCUGAAAUACCUGUUAAACCAUACCGGUAGCAACAUGUUUAAUUUAAUACAAACAAAAAUAUAUUGUCAGUCUGGAACAAAUAUUUUUAGAUUUUUUUCUAUAAUUACAAUUUUCUCAAAUACCGGUAGGCAGAUUAUUACUUUGUCAUUUAUUUAUGUCACGGUAUAUUUGGCAAGAGAAUUCAUUCAUAAAAAACAUGCAUUAAAAGUCUUUUCAUACCUAUAUUUAGAGUAUUGACUUUAUCCCAGUGAAAUUUCAUUCGUGAAUAUUCAGUAUUUAUGGAGUUAUUCAAGAAAAGCCUCUGUUUCCGGGUGAAGGGUACUUAACCAGUUCUCAGGCAAUUUUUUGUUAAUUAAAUACAUGGAGUCGUUUACUAUGGUAUCUCAUAUGUUGCAACGAAUAAGAACUUGUUUAAUUAUCUACAAUUAUUGUAAUAGGAACAUUGGUAGAUUGUGUAGGGACCAUGUGUAUUUGUGUCGUGUGUACGGAGUACUUUAUACCAUUGAAAACCAUUGUUUUUUAUAUUUGGUUGAAUACUAGUUGGUAGUUAACAGAUAUCAGGGGUUCUUAUGAUAAGGUUUGAGAAUUUUUUUCAACUUCAGACGAUUGGCUUUACUCGGACAUUUGCAACAAAAACAGUUCGAAGUACUUUAAAAAAAUAAAUGUAAAUGACUUUGGAUUCAAUUUAAAUAAGGAUCUUCCAAUGCUGGUACAAAUAAAAUGUUAUAGUAAGAAUAUUGAAAUUCAUGUAACUGAUCAAUGGUUCUAUUACUGAACUGAAGUAACUUAUGGCUAUUAAAAUGGUACAAAUAGGAUCUGCUGGGAAACCAGAAUAAUUCCGGGCAUCAACUAUUACAAGCUUAUAAUUUUUGUGAGCAAAUUGUGAUGAUUAUCACAGAUUUGUUGAAAAGUUCUGAUGGGGAUCAUUGCGAAUCUUUAUUUAUACAGUCACCACAUGUCACCAUGUGCUGAAUAUAACAUUCAAUGAUGGCAUAUGCAUUUGCUGUCACCCACUUAUAUUCCAAUUAAUGAACUUGAAGCUGAACAAAGUGAUUGCCAGUCCUCUAAUUAGUUUUUACUUUUAAAAUCUAGUUUUAUUAUUUUCUAUUAAAUUAGUAUUGAUUAAAUCAGUACUGGAAUCUCGACCAACUUACAUGCCUACCAGCAAACGCCACUGUAGAAAAAGAAAAGUAGUCCAGUCCAAUUCAAAGUGCAAUAUGUGUUCAGGGAGAAUAUAGCAGCAUUCUAGGUAGAAUAGUGUAAGCAGCUUUAGCUCAAUGUUGUAGUUUACAAGUCAUAGAUCUGGGUAAGAGGACUUUGCCAGUUUGUAGAACCAGAGUAAUCUUGUUAAAUCUAUGUAGUUUACAUGUAUGUUUGAAAAAGUUAUAAGAUAUGUUACACUACUUGUACAUAUGCACUUCCUAUUGUGCACUACAUCAUCCAGGUAUGCUGCAUAAUGUGUUGAUUGUGCACGUUUAGGAUGACAUGUACGGUAGAAUGCAUUGAUUGUACACGUUUUGGAUGGCAUGUAUGGUAACACGAGGAAAGUCAUGUUUUGCAACCUCUCUUUUGUUUUUUAAGGAACACCUUUGGUAUACAUUACAUGCAAAAAAGAGUAUGUUACUAAUAGAUAAAACUUGAUGUAAGAUUUGUUAAGCCUAGUUUUUGUUGUAGUCUUUCAUUAUAUGAAUACAAAUGUAGAGUGUUUCCAUAGCUAACAAUAACAACAACAAUGAUAUGUACCACUUAACACUGCCUAUAUAUUGUAAUGUGUGGCUUAGUCUGGCUAAAAUCUCUAUACAGCUUAUGCUGAACUGUUCGCUUACCUUAUCUUUUGUUGUUAAAGAUGGUAUUGACUCCAAUGUUUUAUUAUGUUAUGGUUGACUGUUGAAGAGAUGUUUUGGUUGAUGAUACUAGUAUGGCGUAAUGUUUUUGUUACAAAUCAUUAAGGAAUGACUCACAGUGAUUUGAUUGUUAUCCAUACAAAAAUAUGUGAUCCAAAGUAAAACCAUUUAAAUUUUAAACUCCAAUCAAAUUUCAUUCACUUUCUUACAGAAUACUUCACUGAUUAAAUUCAACCUUGUGAGGUAAUUUUUUUUUUUAAAUAUCCAUAGGAUAUUUGUCCCUGAGGCCUUGGGACUGGUCAAAAUGCUUGUGUUGUAUUUAUUUUCUAAAACAUGAGAUUGUGUUGUAUUUAUUUUCUAAAACAUAAGAUUGUGUUGUAUUUAUUUUCUAAAAUGUCUUCCAAUGCUGGCACAAGAACAUGUAUCUUUUGAAUUUGAUCUGUCACAGAAAAAUGAUCAAACUUGACUUGUUAUUUAUGUGUGGUCAUGUGGCAGUCUGCAGCUAAGUGUAUAAAACUGGUAAGCUCUUUGGUUUUGUCAACGUAAGCCAAAUUCUUUAUGGAUUGGCCAAUAUUUAUCCAUUAAUUACUACCAACCAAUCAAAUCAUAGAAAUGCACAAACUGGCUAAAGAUAACCAAUGGACAGUUUAUCCAGGUUUUAGACAAUCAGAGGCAGCAGUAGUCUUCAGUCUAGUUUUUAUAUUUAAAUGAUAUGAUUGGUUAGUAUUAAUUGUUGAAUAAUUAUUGACCAAUCAUAUCAUACAAUUUGGCUAACUUUAACCAAACCAAGUUUUACCCAGAUUUAUACAGUUGGCUGCUGUAAUUUAUUAUUAAAUUAUAUCCUUAGUUUCUGAUAUCUUUAUGUUGAAUAAAAUAGUGUCUGACUAUACUGA